GUCGAGCGUGAACUCCAACCGGCCCCCGUCGCCCCAGCACGGGCGGCCCGCGCCGGCCGGCCCCGUCCCCAUGGGGCCGGCCGCCCCGCGCCCCUCCAACGGGGGCUACCCGACGCCGCAGAGCGGGCCGCGCAACAUGUCCGCGCACAUGCGGCGGGCGCCGUCGCCCACGCCGGCGUUCAACAGGCCGCCCUCUCCGAGCAAGCCGCGCUGGCGAUCCUGA